GGGGUCAGUGCCCAGGUGAGGGGUCGUUGCCCGGGGUGAGGGGUCGUUGCCCGGGUGAGGGGUCAUUGCCUGGGUGAAGGGUCGUUGCCCGGGUGAGGGGUCAUUGACUGGGUCAGGGGUCGUUGCCUGGAGUGAGGGGUCGUUUCCCGGGUGAGGGUCGUUGCCCGGGUCAGGGGUCAUUGCCCGGGUCAGGGGUUGUUGCCUGGGUCAGGGGUCGUAGCCCAGGUGAGGGGUCAUUGCCUGGGUGAGGGGGGAUCAUGGACGUGACGGAGGAGCUGACCUGCUCCAUCUGCCAGGGUCCGUUCCGUUGCCCAGUCACCACGGGGUGUGGCCACAGCUUCUGCUCAGAAUGCCUGCAGGACCACUGGGGGCGGCAGACCUGCCCCAGCUGCCCACUGUGCCGACACCCCUACCCAGAGCGGCCCGAGCUCUCCAAGAGUGUGGCACUCAGCCGCAUCUGUGAGUGGCUGCAGACCGUGGGGAGCAAGGCUCCGCCCGAUGACCUCUGCCCCCUGCCCGGGUCCCAGCCGCAGGAAAUGAGGGCACUGGCCGAUGACCUCUGCUCCAUCGAAGAUGAAGAGAUUCGGGGCUCGGUACGCAAGGAGCUGCAGCUUGUGGAGUCGCGGCUGAGAGCAGCGUGGGAGGCAGAGGCUGCGCUGACCGAGAGGGCCGACUCCCUUCGGGAGUCGAUGUGGCGUGCGCGGGUGCAGUUGGGCCGGGCGCUGGGGGAGGCCGGCCGUCGCAUGGAGGGGGCGGUAGUGGAGGAAGGGGAUCGCCUGGAGCAGAGCCGGGCCAAGCUGCGGGAGCGGUGGACGGAGCUCAGCGCCCUGAUACCCCAACAAGGGGCCGCACUGCUGCAGGGCUGGCAGAGACUGGAGCCGUGCCCAGACGGGCUGCUCCUUCCUGCUGGCCAGACAGACGUCUGCGCUGCCCUCACCGCCCUGCAGCAAGUGGUGACGACCGCAGCCGAGCAGCUUCAGGCCCAGCUGUGUGGGAGCAGCACACAAGCAGCAGAUCAGGCCGACCAGACGCAAGAUUUGGACGGUCAGACGCCGAGAACAGACACUCAGACGCCGAGACCAGAGGCUCAGACGGCUGGACCAGAUGUUCAAACACUGGGUGUGGACAACGCACACGCAUCUAACAUCCUCCCACCAGCGACCAGCACGGACACAGUCAGGGGAGUGGAGGCACCGAGCGGGAACGUGGACCCCACCCCCGUUACAGCUGCCCCGUCCUCACCUCUGCCCGGACCCUCCACGGAGAUGGUCACCAGAGAGCAGCUGCUGCAGAGCUGGACAGCGGUGAGCUUUGACGAGAGCACAGCCUCGGGGGAGCUGCGGGUCUCGGAGCAGGGUGCGCUGGCCAGUAACGUGUGGCCGGAGAGCCAGGAGCGUGCAGGGGGGCGUGGGCGCUUCCAGCGGCUCUGCCAGGUGCUGGGGCUGCCGGGGUUGGAAGGCCGACACUACUGGGAGGUGGCGGUGAGUGGGCAGCCGGUGAUGGUGGGUCUGGCCCACAGCGGGAUGGAUCGCCAGCGCCGGGACAACGCCUCUCUGCUGGGGCGCAACCCUUUCUCCUGGUGCCUGGAGGUGUCCCAGGGCAAGGCAGUUGCCUGGCACGACAAGCAGCCGGGGGGCACGCUGCAAGCCCCGCACCCUCACAUCGGCCUGCUGCUCGACCUCCCGCAACACACCCUGGCCUUCUACAGCCUCGGCCCUGCCCCCGCCCUGCUCCACCGCUUCUCUGGACCCUUCCUCCCUACCCUGUUCCCCGCCUUCUACAUCAACCGGAAAGCCAGUGUCCGCAUCCUGCCCCGCAACUGGGUCACGGGGAAAUUGGUGUAGGGUCACGGGGCAACAGGAUUAAGGGCACAGGGUAAAAGGCAAUGGGCGGAGGGUGUAGGGGAAACGGACGUAAGGUCCAGUUUAGUCAUUGUCACGUGCACCGAGGUUCAGCCAAAAGCUUUUUGUUGCGUGUUAUCCAGUCAGUGGAAAGACGAUCAAGCAUCACACAGUGUACAUGAACAGUACAACAUUUAGUCUAACAUAAUGUCCAAUUCAAUAUAAUUCAAAGGUCACAAAUGGGGUAAUUGGGAGUUCAGGACUGCUCUCUAGUUGCCGAUGGAUGGUUCAGUUGCCUGAUAACAACUGGGAUUAAACUGUCCCUGAAUGUGGAGGUGUGCGUUUUCACACUUCUGUACCUCUUGCCUGAUGGGGAGAGGAGAGAACAGGGGGUGCAACUGGUCUUAAUUUAUGCUGGUGGCCUGGUCGAGGCAACAUGAGUAGAUGGAGUGACCGGGGUGAGACUUUUCUUUGGUUUUGCUGGUGGCCUUGCCAAGGCAGCAUGAGGUAAUAGAUUGAGUCAUUGAAAGGGAGGUUGGUCUGGGCUACAUCCACUACACUGCAUCAUGGGCCAAUGGGCGUAGGGUCACGGUGUAGAGUCACAGGGGCAAUGGACGUAGGGUCACAGGUCUACAGGCAUGGGGUCAAUGGUCAUAUGGUAAUAGGAUCAACAGGCAUAUGGUCACAUUGUGUUGGGUCACAGGGACAAUGGGCAUAGAGUCACAGGUCUAUAGGCAUAGGGCCAAUGGUCAUAGGGUCAUGGGGUGUAGGGUCACAGGGCAAUCAAUGGUCAUAGGAUCAUCAGGUGUAGAGUCAUGCGGUGUAGGGUCACAGGGACAAUCAAUGGGUGUAGGGUCAUAGGAUCAACCUGGGUCAAUCAGGGUCCCAGUUCCACAGACGGCUCCCUCUGCCCCUCCCUCACCCUGACACUGCCCUGUGAGGGGCAACUGCGCGCGUGACAGAACAGCUGAGCACGGAUGUGUAACGGCAUUUAUUGGAGCUGAUGUUGACACAAGCAGUACAAGCUGAUGUACAGAGGAUAAUAAAGUGCGGCAUGUCGCCGCGGCAGUGAA